CAGCGCGCGGGAGUUGUUAACUGCUCUUGUUUGAACCGUGUUUAUAUAUUUGUAUACUUCACGAGAGAAGUACUUGACGAUGACAGAAGCAGUUGCUAAAGGCGAGUCCACACUACUGAGAGAGGCACGCGACAAAUUCGUCGCAGCGUUCGGUCGCGAGCCGACCGCAGCAUCCGCGGCGCCCGGUCGUGUAAACCUUAUAGGCGAGCAUGUUGACUAUUGCGAAGGAUUCGUUUUACCCGUGGCUCUGCCGUUCCUCACUGUCGUGGUUGGUGAUUACAACAAAACAGAUGAAUGCGGAAUUCUCUCAAUCCUGGCGAAUGGUCAAGAGGUAAAGGCAUCUUUCCCUGCUACAGCGGUAGCUACUUUGAAACCCGGUGAACCAGCCUGGGCGAACUAUGUCAAGGGAGUGGCCGCUAACUUCCCGGUUAAACUCCGAGGCUUCGACGCGGUGGUGGUAUCAGAUGUACCGAUGGGAUCUGGCGUGUCAAGCAGUGCAUCCUUAGAAGUCGCCUUCUUCACUUUCCUGGAAGCACUGACUGGCCACAGCGUUAGUCCCGUGCAAAAGGCCCAGUUGUGUCAGAAAGCAGAGCACGAGUUUCCCGGCAUGCCAUGCGGCAUUAUGGACCAGUUCAUUGUCACUUUGGGGAAGAAAGACCACGCCUUGUUAAUAGACUGCAGAUCACUGGAAUCAACACACAUACCGGUAGACUCCCAGGAAGCUGUGAUACUGGUAGUCAACUCAAAUGUCAAACAUCAGCUGACUGGCAGCGAGUAUCCCCAGCGACGCGCCCAAUGCCAGCAGGCUGCCAGUAUGCUCAGGAUACCUUCGCUGAGGAGUGCGGGUAUCGAGGAUAUGAAAGAACUACAAUUGAAGAAGUGCGACGAGUUGGUUUACAAAAGAGCAUUGCACGUGGUUGAAGAAAUAGCGCGCACGGAAGCAGUCGCCCGGCUUUUACCCCAAAAAGAAUUGCACGCGGUAGGUGAGUUGUUUUACAAGUCACACGAGUCGCUUAGUCGGCUGAUGGAGGUUUCCUGUCCCGAGUUGGACCAGUUAGUGAAGAUAAUACGCUCGUCGCCCGGGGUGUAUGGCGCUCGGAUGACUGGCGGGGGAUUUGGCGGUUGUGUUAUUGCACUGAUAAAAAAAGAGCACGUAGAUGUUGUAAAGCAAAAUGUGCUCUCACAAUACAAAGGGAACCCGAUCUUCUUCCAGUGCCAGCCGAGCGACGGCGCGAGAGUACUGCAGUUAAAUUAGAAAAUAUUAUUUAGGUACAUAUAAAUAGAACAAUAAA